UAUCUGUCUCGCACUCUGUCUUGCAACGUUCGGCCCGGGCGCACGCAUACAUCGUCACAGGUAUCGGAGAGAAAGAAGUCCAGGAUGCCUUCGAACAUGACUCGAUCGAUUGACACAGAAGAGAGUCACGGUCAUCAUCGCAGUGAAACGACCAACCCUGAAGGGACUGUCAUGGAUUUUUCGGCGACCCAUUUCGGAAAAAACAAGCUCGAAAAAGAUCUACAACAUGAGUCCAGUGCAAUAUCACCAUUGGGGCACGGCGUCGUCAAGGUUUACGUAGGGCCGCUUGGCAGCACAUCUCCUCUGCCACCGCCCUACGGAGACCGAACCUCCUACCUCUUGCCGAGACCCCAGCGGUGGCCACCCGUUCACAAGCGGCGGAGAUCAAACAGGCCGAAACCGUUCAGAAGUGUCUCAGAGGUCUCAACGUGCCUCCCGAACCUACCGUUUUGUUAUCGUCUUGCAGCGUCUUACAGGGAGGGCAUACUCCGCCAAGCGGCCAGCGUCAAGAUGACCCCCCAUCGUCAUCAAAUACCUGAUGCCCAAGGGGUAAUGCGUGUCCCGGUGUGGCGGAGCUUGCGCACACACUGUGAUGGUGGUGUCUCUUUCGGAGACCCUCCGCAUAUAUAUCAAGAUCCCGCUCUUCCUCGAAACGAAAUGGUCUUUUCAUAAAUUAUAUCGCGCCACUUUUGACUUUCUUCGGUCCAUCGUUCGGGCCUGGCUUACACUUCGACGACAUCCUAUGUGAUUGAACGAGUAAUCCAUUCAUCAUGUCGCUGGAACAACAACAUCAGGACAAGGCGCCUCGCCAAAGUGCCACCUUCGCAAGCUCAAUCAGCGAUGCCGAAAGCCAAAUUCAGGAUGCGUCACAAAAGCCGACCAAGAAA